ACCCUUGGUGGGACUGUAAUCUCGAAAAUAGAAGGUUCGGUAAUCCAAAAGAUUGGACUCCAGUUUACCUCAGGCCAGGAAAGAAGUCAGCCACCAUUAGUAAAAGAGCAAGGGAAAAAUUACAUAGGAAAAAGAAGUGGCUUAAUCAGUAGAAAAGAUCCUCAACUUCUAAGGCCUGCACAUCUGCACCCCUCUCUUCUGAGCUUUGUAUAGUGAUGUUGUAUAACUCCAGAUGGUAGUAAAAGGCAGAGUUCUUCCCAGCAAGGUCAGACAUGAUUUUCACUCUUACAUCUCUGAGGUGGGCUGGCAUUAUAGCACACAUUCAUGUUGAAUUAUUAUAACACCUGUGAUAAGAAGACAGAAUCCAUAUAUCACAAUGCCAAAUAGACUCCCUCCUGAACGUAUGGACCCAUUAAAAUUGAGGUUCAACCUGAACUCAGACCAUUCCACUCCCUUCUCGUCCUCCGGAUUCUUAUGUUUGCUACAAGUAAAAGAUCAUGUUGUAGUCCCCAAUAUUCUCGUGCCUAGACUUGUCUAUUCACGGAGAAGGAUAUUGGAGAAGUGAUGGUUAUGUAGUUACAAUGUAGUAACACAAGGUCCAGGUUGACAUUUGCUCACUGAUGUCCAAUUUAAUUGUCUUGUUAUAUUUGAGAAAGGGAGGAUGUCCUACAUAAUAUAUAAAACAGACAGAAAUUUAUUGUUUUAUAUAUGCCCUGUAGUUGAUCCCUAUGUUCCCAAGGAAAAGGAGUUUUUAUUGCAAAAAAAUAGGAUUAUAGACCAUUGAUUUUGUAACAUACAUGGAUAUGUAAAUGGAAACAAUGUCGGCUUUCAAGGACUGCACAGUAAGCAAAUAUUUCCAGGUUUUAUACACUCAGAGGUAUAGAAGAAAUAUAUUGGCCUCCAGAAAAAAGGAAAAGCUUAGGAAUGGAAAUGUGUGUCACAUGCAUUGUCUCAAGUAGUUGAUUUACUUUUAAGAAAACUCUCCCUCCUCCUUGGUCCCUAGAGAUUUGGGUGCUAAGAAAAAUCUGUUCUCCAAUUCAGGGUUGUAAGAAACCCUCUGCAGCAAAAGCAAUGUUGACUUCUAAUGAAGCAGAGAGACAUAUCUAGCUUUGAAAUAGAGGUUGCCAAAUGGUAUUCCCUGUGACACAUGGGAGACUGGAGGAAAGGGUCCCCACAGAAAUUCAUCAGUGUGGGGAGAGCUGGUUAGUAGGUAGGCCAUAGAAUUUUCCAGUGACAUCACCAGUAAGCCGUUCACUGGACACUCUAUUGUAUCUAAGAGAUCCCUAGAAUCUUCUGUGAUGUCACCAGUGUUGUGGUGACACCAACUGCCUUUGGGAUAUUACUUCAGUUCCCUUUGCGUUCACAAGCAGGCAUGUUUCGCCAGCUGCUCAGGCUAUUUCGGAAGAAAAGUGUUGAUCAAGGAGAGACCGCACCAGGUCAGAGGGAAGCUGACCCCCUCUCUAGUGAAACAGGAAGGAGGAAAUCAUUCUGGGGAAGGCUUGGUUUUGGUAGGAAGGCAUCAUCCCAAAAUGUCAUCAGUAAGCAAGAGGAGUGUCUAAAGGAACUGGAGGAACUCAAAUUUGAAAUCCAGAAGUGUCAAUUCGAGAGGGAUGAACUUUAUCAAAUCCUGGAUCUUUAUAUCUAUGAUGAGUGGGACCACAGGCUGCAUGUCGAAUUGCCAGUCCUUCAAUCUGAACAUGAGAUGAGAAUGAUGGCUAUGCAAAUGAUGACCAACUCAAUAAGUGAUGCCAUGGAGAGGUACAAGGAGCUCAUACAAGUGAACAGUUCCUACCGCAUCAGGCACUCCCAGCUCCUGUGUGAACAAGCUCAAUUGAAGAACAAUAUACAGAUUUUGCUGAAUGAGAAGAGAGAACUGCUGGUGGAGCAGGCUGAACUGCCAGCAUCCUCUGUGGAGACAAAGAGGCUCUGUGAAGAGGCCGGAAUGAACAUCUGUGCCCCCAGUGCCACGCAACAGCAGGUCUGAAAUUCUCCAGCAGAAACUCGAACAUGACACAGUCCAGGACAAGAUCUCCCUUGGAGAGAAGAACUACAGGAGGAGAACUAAGUGUGCAGAGCAAAUACACCACUAUAACAUCUCAUCUGUAAUGGCCAUAGCAAUUGUGGACUGCAUUUUCCUCCUUUAGUUUGAUUUCUUUGGAUUGAAUACGUUGUAUUUUCACCUUGCCACUCUCCAGCAAGUGUGCACUUUCUGAGGGACUCAGAGAAGUGCUGAUGCACAUCAAUCAAGAGCUGCUGUUCAUCCAGAAAGACCGUGCACGUGUAAAUUUGUACUUGUCCUGAUGGGUCACCCAGAAUAGUUUCAUGGAGAUCAGUUCACAAUAUUGGAAAGACUUUGUGACAAAGUGUGUAAUAUCAUUUACACUCAGUGUUGGAUGGCUUUUUCCUUAAUACCCCCACUCCAACAAAACAGACCUACUUCCACUCCUCUUGAAAAGAUUAUUACCAUCACUAACUGCUUGUCUACUAUGUCUCCAAGGCAAGCCACAGGCUAUAAGUCUAUUCUGCAAAAGGAGCAGCAAAAAAUGCUUAGUGCAAUUCCUCUAUUUAAAGUUUGGUUAAUUUUUAAUUGUUUUGGUUAUUUGGUUUUCCUUCUAUUCAUUUGAAGAUUUGUUAGUUAUCUAUUGUUGUUUUGUUCAUUUGCUUUUCUAUUUUGAUAAGGAUAUAGACUGUAUAUAUUGACUACCUGCAUCUGGUUACUAUCCAGUAAAUUGGAUGUAUUCUGGUGAAUAAAGGGGUAAUCUCAAA